AUGGCUCAGCACAUGGCGCGGGCCCGCCGGGGCUCCUCAACUGGAACGAAAGUCGGGGUGGCGGCAACUGCUGCUGGCCGCGGGGCUGCUCCGGCUCGGGCGGGACAACGCCGCUGCCCCGCUCCCUGCUCACCGCAGACGGGGCGCACGGCCGCUCGCCUCCUCGCGGUGCUGCCGGCCGAGCCCGGGGAGCGGCGCCGGCACUUCCCCGCGGAGGCUGCGAAGAACUGCGCAGGAAGGGAGCGAGAGACCGAGGUGGGGGGGCGGGCCCAGCCUUCCGGAGUGACGGGCCGCUCCGCCUACCAGGAGCCCCGAGCGCCCCGCGACUACGGGCGCUCCGCGGAGCGCGCGGCAGCCAACCGGCUCCCGGAACGUGGGGGUGUGGAAAGGGCUCGGGGCGGUGGGGAGAGGUCGGGGGCGCCUAUUGGCUGCGGGCGGGGCGCGGGGCGGAGCCGGGGGGCGGAGCCAGGGGCUGGUGACAGGAGCGGAUGGUCGGAGGAUGCCCGAGUGACAGGGCGUGGGGAGAGGUCCGACCCCGCGCAGCCGAGAUGCGGUGCGCUCCCGCUCCCGCGCACCUUUACGCGCUCGCUCCCCGCGAGCCCGCCCUGGCGUGUCGCUGCGCUCGUGUCGGGACUCGAGUCCAGAUCCAGGUGUCUGGCUGGCGGGCUCGUGACGCAAAGUCAAUUUGGAGCUCAUCGAUCGCUGAGCUGCACGCAUUUAAGCCACCAAUGCAGCAGGGGUGAGCUGCUCUCCCCGGUUCUCUGCAGAGGGGACCCCCGGGGACCCAAGCUUCCACGGAGCUGCAAACCCUCACUCUGCGGCAUCCUGGACCCGGGAGUGUGGUUCAGAAAGUUGUCAGCGCCGGCCACCCCCGCUCCGGCGCGGCCAGCGGGCCUCCAGCGCCCGGCCCCGCGCCUUUCCGGGACAGGAUGCUCCUUCCGAUUCCGACCCCGGCGCGGCCCCCAGGGGGCUGAGGGCGCCCUCCCCGGGGUGACUCACCGGCAGCAGCCGCCCACGCUGCUGCAUAUCCCGGUGGAAGCAGGCGUGCGCGGCGGCCGCGCCCUGAACCCUGGUCCCUCUGCCCGCUGUCCCCCGGUGUCCCCGCGGCCCCACAAUCCUUCCUCUGGGGCGACUUCCCCUCUGGCCCCAGCCCUUAGCACACACCUCCGGUUGGGAAAUGGGCCAAAGAGGGGCGACGAGGACCCGACAGGGGAGGGAGGGAGUGGGCAUCGGAAAUUGCCCGGAGUGUUCCGCAGAGCUGAGCCCCGCAGAGCCGCGCACCCCAGAGCCGAGCAAGCGGCCGCCCGCGUCCACCAGUGCGCAUUCAGUCCGCACCCGAACAAUGGAGAGUUCUGGACGCCCCCCCCCCCCGCCCGGGUCGGCGGGUCAUCUGCGGCCAGAGCAGCCGUCGGGACCGGCUGCGAGGCGGCUGUGGAGCAGAGUCAGGGCUGGGCCCUUCCGUCCACUUGGUUGGUCGGUCCCCUGGGCUCAGAAGGCGCCCCGACACCCCGACACCUGGCUGCGACUACCUGCGGGCCCUGCUGUCUCUCCCGUGCUCCCAUUCUGCAGGUGCCAAACCCGAGUCUCACCCCUGCUCAGAGAGCGGCUGGCGAAGCUGUCCGUGAACCCAGUUUGAGCUCCCGGCCUUACACCUGGCCCAGCAGUGCCGGGGUCCCCCGUACCCCACCCACCCCCGCCGCGCCCCAGCCAGCGGCUAAGCCACGCCACCCGAAACUGGAGAGAGAGUUACCUCUUGAGAGGGGACUGGAGCCAACAGAUCGCCGCGGGGCUUCCCGCUUCUGGCCUCGGGGAGGGAGGCGCCCGCAGCGGCUAGGGACCCACGGCUCCCAGGUCGGUGCCCCACCGCCGCGCCCUGCGGGGCGGUCCCGGGAACCCCGACCCUCCUCCCCUCCCAGGGGCCCCCGUCCCACCCCCGCACCGCAGCCAGGGGCUUCGCAGCUGCAAGCUGACCGCUCCUCCUCCGCCUCCUGCCCCCCGGGGUGGGGCGCGAGGUGUGCGGUCCGGUCGCGGCCGCGCCUCCAAUGCCCGCCCGCCAGGGGGCGCUCUGACAGCCGCCCGGGGACGGGAGGCGGGACCGCCGGCUGCCGCGGCCCGCGGGUCACCCCAGCCCUGGGGAAGGCGGCUUUCCCCUCCGCUGGAGCUUCCGCGGCGCCUCCUGGCCCCCCGAGUCCCCGGUGUCGCCCUCCGCCGCGUCACCUCCCAUCCCCUCCGGGGGCGGAGGGUGCGCGGGGCCCUGCGUGCGGGGGGGGGGCGGGGGGCGGGCACCUGCUCAGCCCCGCGGCUGCGGCGGGCCGGGCGGAGGCGGGCUUCCGAAUUCCCGGUCAGCGUGGCGGCGCGCGUCACCGGAGCGAGGAGCGCUUCCCCGUGCGCCCCGGGGGGGGGGGGGUGCGUACUGGCCCUGCCUCGGUGGGACCCCCGGGCGACGCUGGGGGCGUGGAUCAGCGGCGGGUCAGCGCAGGGGAGCGCAGGGGUGCGGGAAGAGCCCUCUGCGAACCCGGGGAGGCGGCUGGUUGCGCGGACCCUCCAGCUGGAAGUUUGAUGCCCAGACUGGUUCGGUGGCUCUGUGUCGCCGGGAGUCGAGGUUGUGCGCUGAUUGCACAACGCACCCCGCGCUGA